AUGGAUCACCAUUGUCCGUGGAUAAAUAACUGUGUGGGCCACUACAACCACCAGUAUUUUGAGCUGUUUGUUUCGUAUACCUUUCUGGGGGUAUCGUACUUCAACUUACUGAUGUACUGUCCGUUCUUGGCUGCGAUCUACAAUACUGACCCUGCGAUCACCAGAGAGUACCGUGGAUGGAUAGUUGCCGUUGGGUCUAUCAGUUUUACAUGUGGUGUGGCACUACUUGCGUUCUUUGUGUGGAAUCUAUAUCUCGUCAGCUCCGCACAGACCACCAUAGAAGUGGCUAUAAACAGCGCGGAAGAGAUUAAAGUACAUCCCUAUGAUUUUGGGAGGGCCCAAAACAUCAGGAACUUCUUUGGCGGUCGAAACUGGCAGGAUGUAAUGUGUCUCAUACUCAUUCCUCAAGUGCGAACGCCCCAGGGUGACGGGGUCACGUGGGAUGUGCGGCAGGAGUGUGUGGGCAUGAUGGAUGACUACGAAGACAUGGUCUAG